AUGCCUCGACCUGAAAACGCCGCGUAUAUCGCGUUCACAUCAGGUUCGACCGGGAAGCCCAAGGGCAUUAUCAUCGAGCAUCGGUCAUAUUGCUCUGGAGCCCGGUCGCACCUGAAGGUGUUCGGUAUCGAUUCGACGUCGCGCGUUCUCCAGUUCGCCUCGUAUGCCUUCGAUGUCAGUGUCAUGGAGACGCUCAGUACUCUGAUGGCAGGAGGCUGUUUAUGCGUAAUGAGCGACUCUGAGCGAAGCGAUCCAAACUUGUUCGUUGAGUCUUACAAGAAGUUCCACAUCUCCCACAGUUUCCUGACCCCAUCCUUUGCGAGGACGGUGCCAUGGACAGAAUGCUGCAGCCCGCCACCUACGCUGAUUGUGGGAGGCGAACUGAUGCGCUCCCCCGAUGCGGCAGCAUACGAAGCAUUGGGAAUUCGCAUAAUGAACGCAUACGGGCCUGCCGAAUGUUCUGUCAAUGUGUCUGUGCAGUCUAGGGUGGAGGAUGGUGUUGAUCCUCGAAACAUCGGAUACACCACAGCGGCGACAGCCUGGAUUAUUAGCCCCGAGGAUCCAGAGAAGCUGAUGCCACCCGGUACGGUGGGGGAGCUGCUCGUGGAAGGGCCGAUUGUUGGCCGAGGCUAUCUCAAUGAUCCCAGUGCCACUCGCCAGGCGUUUAUUGAUGCACCCGGCUGGCUGCGCCGGCACCGCAAGGGCACCUCUUAUCGGCACCGCGUCUACCGCACCGGAGAUUUGGCCUCCCUGGACAGCAUAAGCGGUGCACUGAUACUGCACGGCCGCAAAGAUGCCCAGGUGAAGAUUCGCGGUCAGCGGGUCGAGCUCCAUGAUAUCGAAUGCCAUCUCCAACAGACCUUCCCCGACGGAAAUGCCGAGGUCAUUGUCGAAAAGGUCAUCUUUUCCGACGACGGAGUGGAAAAGCUCAUUGCCUUUGUCUUGUUCCGUCCGUUUGGCACUGGUUUCAGCACGGACGGCAUGGGAGAUGGAAAGGCUUUGGCUCCGUUUGCCCUCUUGCCUGUGGCAAAGAGGCAUGAUAUCGUCGACCUGGCGCAGAAGCAGUGCCGCGUGUCUGCGAAGCUCAUUGAAGAUAUCUACCCUUGUACCGCACUGCAGGAAAGCAUGUUCCUGGCGUCUUUGAGGCACCCAGGCAUGUAUACCGGGCAUAUAACGUUUGGUAUUCCCGACAGCAUGGAGCUACCCCGUUUGAAGGCUGCGUGGCAGUCGGUGAUAUCCAAGAAUGCUGCUCUGCGAAGUCGCAUCAUCGAGACCCAUGAGGGGCUCAUGCAAGCGGUCAUCGUCGAUGGCUUCGCGUGGGACGUAGAAACCGAGGAGAUGCUGCCUGGCUGCUGGGAGAAACUUGAGAUCACCAAGAUCGGUGUGCCUUUGGUCCGGUUUUGCUGCCGUCCUCGGCAUGGGCAGCUGAUCAUGACAAUCCACCACUCCAUCUGGGAUGGCUGGUCGCUCCGUCUGGUGCAUGAGCAACUACAGCGUGCCUACCUCGGACGCGAUCCUUUGCUGAGCACCUCGUACCGCUCCUUCAUCCAACACACACAGGACCUCCCAGGGGCAGACGAGUUCUGGGCCUCGGAGCUCGCCGGUGUGAAUGCCCCGAUAUUCCCUACCUUGCCAUCCGGAAAAUAUCGGCCGCACGCAAACGCAUCGCAUCGGCAUUGGGUGAGAAGCUUGGUCUCCACCGGACGGGAGGAGCAUACCACCGCUACAUAUAUUCACCUUGCCUGGUCGUUACUCGUGGCUCACUAUACGGACGCGGACGAGACCUUGUACGGGGUGACUGUCAACGGGCGUGGUGCCGACAUACCGGGGAUCGAGAAUAUCGUGGGCCCAACGAUUGCAACCGUCCCGCUGCGCGUUCGAAUUGAUCAGGAAGAUACCGUGAAGAUGGCGCUGGAUCAGGUCCAGGACUCUCUCGCACGCAUGAUUCCAUACGAACAGGCUGGCUUGCACCGCAUCAGCCGGUGCAGCAGAGAUGCUUCGGAAGGCUGUCGCUUCCAGACUUUGCUCAUCAUCGAAGCUCACGCGGAUCGCGACAUGGCUGGCAAGGAGAACAAAGCUGGAUACUUGUCCAUUAUCCGGGGAACGACUCAGACUGGGAUGGACUACACGGCGUUCUCUUCUUAUGCUAUGAUGGUAAUCUUUCGUGCCAGUGCCGAUACGAGCGCGAUUUCCCUCGAUAUCACAUACGACACGGACGUUAUAGGCGGCGUUGAGGUGGAGCGAAUGGCUCAUCAAUUCGAGCACGUCUUGCGCUACAUCUAUAAGCCUACCACGGAGAGAGUCGGAGAAAUCAGCUUUCUCGGGCCGCGGGACAUGGAGCAAGUACAACAAUGGAACAGUUACAUGCCACCAGCCGACAAUCGCUUCUUGCAGGAGUCGGUCUUUGCCCAAUGCUCCCGUCGACCUCAGGCACCCGCUGUCGUUUCCUGGGAUGGCUCAUGGACAUAUCGGGAACUCUGGGCACACUCGUCGCUCGUCGCCCGGCAACUGCAGGGACAUGGUGUGGAGCGAGGGACUCCUGUGGCUGUCUGCUUGGACCGCGGCAGAUGGAGCAUUGCAGUCAUCCUGGCCGUCCUGCUCGCUGGAGGCACGUGCGUGCUAAUCGAUUUACUAUCUCCACGAGAAAGAGUGCGAGGUAUCGUCCAAGCCGCCGGCGCAGCUAUCUUGGUCAACAGCCAUGCCACUGCCCCGGUGACGUCUGGCCUCUGUCCCACCAUCAUUGAUGUGUCCCUCCUUGCGGCCCAGAACGGCUACUCGCAGACGGAAUGUCCCUCCCUUUUGGACGCCUGGGAAAGGGGGGUAGGAACCCCAGAGGAUCUCGCGUUCAUCAUGUUUACGUCGGGCAGUACUGGCCAUCCCAAAGGCAUCGAGAUGCCCCAUCGCACCCUGGCCACGAGCAUCUACCAUCACAGCGCGGGGAUGAAGGUGAACUGCAGCAGUCGGGUCCUGCACUUCUCGUCAUAUGCGUUUGACGUCAGCAUCUAUGAAAUAUUUACCACCUUGACCGCAGGCGGAGCCAUCUACGUUCCAUCCGAGUUUGACCGCAUGAACAACCUCGCCGGCUUUAUUCGAGACGCGCAGGUCAACUGGGCGUUUUUAACCCCUUCCACAGCCAGAAGCCUCGACCCCGCAGAUGUUCCCUUGUUGACUACUCUGGUCCUAGGAGGCGAAGCCGUGACCGACGAUAGCGUUGGGGCGUGGGCAAAAGGCCGUUCCCUCAUCAACGGCUAUGGCCCUGCCGAGGCAACGAUCUGCGGAGUGGGCAGUAUCGCCGAGGUUGGGUGGAAAUCCGGUGUCAUCGGCCGAAUCGUUGGUGGUUUGGGCUGGGUUACUGUGCCAUCAGACCCAACCAGACUAGCAGCGGUUGGCGCCGUGGGUGAGCUUCUCCUCGAAGGCCCGUUCCUGGCUCGAGGAUACCUGAACCUGCCAGAGGUUACGAGGGCUGCUUUCAUUGGCCCUCCCCGCUGGAGAAGACAGAUUCCUGCUCCGUCGCCAUAUCCUGCCCUCUACCGAACAGGAGAUCUGGUCCGGUAUCAGCCGGACGGAUCCAUUCAAUACAUCGGUCGUAAAGACAGCCGUGUCAAGCUCCGAGGCCAGCUCAUCGAUCUAAACGCAGUUGAGGCAAGUCUCAAGAGAGUGUAUCCGGCUGCCAGUCAGGUCGUCGCAGAUGUGCAAGACGGAUCGUCGUCAGCUCCGAGAAAAACUAUUCUCGUUGUCACAAAGUGA